AUAUGGUGUCCACACCCUUGUCAUGUUGCAGGAAGACGACAAAAAACUUCCUCUAACUCAUCUUUAUUUCAGCACAAAUCCCCCAUUUAGUCAUGCCAGAUAACGAGGGAACGUUUGACAUGCGGAACAAAUGUCAAAUGCACGGAAUGUUGCUGAAAAAGCCCUUUGGCCACCAAUCAAACAAGUGGUCGAAGAGGUUUUUCAUGGUAAAAGAUGGCUUUCUUCUUUACUAUGCUGAUUCAGAGAAAAAGGAAAUGGAAAAGAGAAAGUUCUUCAAUAUUCAUCCAAAGGGCGUGAUACCCCUGGGUGAUUGUCAGGUAGCAGAGAUAGAAGAGCCUGGGCACCAGUUUGCUGUCAACAUCAUUAAUGAGGAUUUCCUUCAGGGCUCCAUCAUUUUGGCAAUGGAAACAGAGUGGGAGAGAGAGAAAUGGAUGACAAUACUGCGCCAGGCAGGACGGAUAACGUGGAAUAAUGCUCAGAUGGGUGAUGUCAUGAUCCAACAACUUGAGAAUCAGGGUCUUCAGAUGGCAAAGGAGAGACAAGACUACUUCAAUAAAUUUCAGACAGAGGCUAUUGCUCUUCAGGAUGAGAAAGAAAAGACCGAGCAACUUAAGCAAGUGCAAGUGGCUUUGGAGGAUGAAAAGAGAAAAAUGGAAGAGUUUAUGUUGGAGCUCAAAGAGGAACAGUCAAAAUUAAAACAAGUGUUAGAGGAAACCGCUCAGGCAAUGAAAAAAGUGGAAGAAGAUAAACUUGCACUGUGUCAGCGAACUGAGAGUUUAGAAGGUUCAUUAAAGCGGUUGGCGAAGGAUAAAGAAAAGACAAAGAAAAAAUUAGACGAACAAGCAAAACUGACACGGCAGUUAUCAAAAGAAAAACAGAAAUAUUCCGAAGCCACCAUAGAACUGAAUAAACAAAUGCAGUCAAUCGAAGCGGAAACACAGAAGUUAUUGCAAGAGAAAUCUUUGGCCGAAGAGAGAUUAAAACAGAACGAAGAACAUGCCAAACAACUUGAAGAAGAAAAGUACGAGAUCAGCGAACACGCUGACGAGUUGCAAUCUUCUAUAAAAGAUCUCAUCGAACAGAAAAAAGUAACUGAAGCGGAGCUGCGAGAGGAGGUGAUAGCGCGGCUCGAGACGGAGAGACGAUUACAGAAUGCCGAGGUGUCGUUGAUGAAUCUGGAUCGAAAAUUAAACAAGAAGGGGAACAAGUAUUCGCAGAAUGACAAGGAGGAAAUGUUAGGCAAUGUCACUCACUUAAAGUCAUUUUUUGAAAAGCUUGCCAUCGAGGCCAAAAUGGACGAUCACAAACCGAUACUUAUGCAAACCACGCUGACAGCCAGAAAGACAUUUGUUGCACGCGCCAAGUCAAAGCGGUAUCAGGAGAGGCGAAAACGGGUGCAAUCGUUGAGUUCAUAUCCCAGCUAUGGUGGAUGUCGCGUUGAGUCCAUAAAUCCACCAGUCAUAUCAUGGAAAAGUAAAUCAGUUGACUUUGACGCGUUCGAGUCCAACAGAAUGGACGAAAUCGGAGGAGAACAUUGACUGUAUCCAUCUUACCAAUUCAAAUGAUAGUCCUGAUAUUGCUGCAGUCAAGAGAUCUGUGAGCAUGGCUGACAAGGACAUUAAAAUACAUGACAAAACUGCACCGUUAAAAACAGACAAGGCAAGAAAAAAAUAGUGUGGUGCAGCGUGACUUUAGUGCCAAUUUAGUUGCCGUGUUUCUGGAUUAGUUUGGCUGGCACGCGUCUGCUAGCUUGCCUUGCUGUUGAUCUAUGUCAGAGUUGCACAAAAAGUGUAUGAUAAUCCAGGACACAACUUAAGUGCUGACUUGAUGCAGGGCUGACAUUACUUGCAGACAUUUGCAAACUGCUCCCGAUGAGUUCCUCCGACCCAGCCAUCUGUUCUGACUGCAGAUUGUGGUGAGGUUGGUUCCAAAAAGUUCACACCACCCACUGGAUUUGAGUGGUGAAGUUACGGUGCCCUGUUAAAAUGUGUUCAAUGUCAAAAUGCUGCGAGUUCUUUUUUGUCAAUUACCAGGAAGUAAAGGCAAGACCCUUUCACAGAAAAAAUAUCACUCAUAUUGGCUGUGAUCAUGCAUGGGAAAAAUUUGGGCUUUUUUUGAUUUGGUGCGAUGGUCUCUUUAAUCCAAAUUCUACAGUAUUGUAUGAGAAAUCGUCCGACCAACAGUUCCUUUGUAUAGAUUACAAAGAGGAAGUAUUUUUUAUAACUGAUUGUCACUUUUCAAAUAUAGCGAUGACAGACUAUUUGUACAUGUAAAUAUACAUGUAUGUAUAGAACUGGUUGUGUUCUAUUAUUCUGCAAUGCAAGAAUUUGAGCUGGGGCCAAAUUGGGCAGUAUAGUCUGGGGCCAUCCAGUGAGUUUCAGGAAAUUGUGUUCAGGGUGAGAGAGACUAUGUGUUGUGUGUCCUUGGGAGUGGGUGAACUGGCAUGCAUGGGGGCAGGGAGUAGGGAGGGGAACUAUGAGUUCCCACAUGGUCUUCUGGGGAAACCAUCGAAAAGCUGACCGCGAUGUGGUCCAGUCAAGGUAACCCAUUGGGAUUGGAUGGCCCCUUUUUGGGUGGGUUAUCUCCACUGUAUAUUUUUCAUAAAAAUUUGAUAGGCCUUGGUUUAUGAGGUAAGCAACAAUUGCAUUCCAUGAAAAUGUCCAAUGCAAGUUUGGUAACGAUAAAAUGAAUUAUUUUUUUAAUUGUGGAUGGUAAUGGAUAUCAUUUGGAUAAAUUGUUGCCCGAACAUGAAUAUUUCUUUGAAUGGGCGAAAGACUAGUUUGAAAUCAAAAUUCAGUACAUAAAAUUAUUCUCAAAUGCUCAAAAUGAAUGCUGGGAUUUUGGGAUAGAGAGAUGUGCAAAUAUAAGACUGAUUUGCUUAGGUUAUGAUAUCAAGAGACGUGAUACUAAUGGACAAUACCUUAUAUGUGAUUUAGGAAGAUUUCUCUCUUACACUUGCAAUAUACAAUAUAAGUGUUGCUUAGACCGAUCAGAAUUUGACAUGAUCAACUGCACUUUAUUUGUUAACAACACCUUCUUCCUUUGGCCUGUUCAUAUUGCCCGUACUGUGAAUCUAAUGUUAGGAGUUGACAGUAGGUGCCACCAUCUUGUCUCAAACUUGAAAUCCUAACGCAGUUCGAACUAUUUCAAAACGAAGUGAAUGCCCAUUUCAAGGGUGGGAGUCUGUUCUUUGUUUUCCAGAGAAGAGACUCCAAGGUUUAAAAUCGACAUUCACUUCAUUUUGAAGAAGUUCGAAUUGCUUUUGGAUUUCAAGUUCAAGUGAAAAAGAUCGUGCCCAUGGUCAAAUCUUAAGUGAAAGCCGUUGGUGCAUUUGGAAGUUGCAAUCUCCUGUAGUAUCUUGUGCAUAAUGUGUACAUUAAUUUAUGUUUAAUUUCCAUUAUCCGUAUUUGUUCAUGGAGUCUUUUGUACCGUUAUAUUAGCGGAAAUUGUAAUCCCAUGGUUGUGUUUUAGUUAACUUAUACGUAAUGUGCAUUAAAACUAUCAAAACCAUUUCUAAUUUAUAAACGUCUUUCUGUAGGAGACAGUAAGCCUAAUGUGUGAUGACUCGGACAAAAUUAAGGUUGACAGAUUUAAAAUGCGUUUUAAAAGCAAAUUUUGUGAAAGUCCUCGAAGAAAAAUGGCUGAUGUAUUAUCAUAAAAACCUAGUGUUGGUAAAGGUAUCUUGUUUUCACCGUACAUAUUUAUUGUAUAAUGAAUAGCUCAGGUCCAACAAGUAUAUCCAAAUUUAGCUUCUGAUCUAAGUUAUAUCAAGAUUUAAUCCAUACUUGGUCAUUUAAAUAUGUUGAUAACGCCAUACGACUUACUACUGAUUUUGGUUUAAUGGGUCACAAAUAACACUUACCCCCCAGGUACCUGUGACUAAAUGUAUUUCUUACUGCGUGUAGUCCCAUGACUUCAGUAUUAUAUUCUUAUAUUGUCUUACUGAUAAUGCACUCCAUUUGCACGAGGUUGCAAUUUUCAAUGUGUCAUUGACCUGUCUAGGCCUUGUCUAUUAAGGUAUCACAUGCCGGUUCAAUAUGUAUGUCCUGAUCUAGGCCUACUUGACCUGUCACUUGUCAAUGUACCAUUUUGAUAGGGUGCACUAAACGACUUAAUCAACCUAAUAUUACAUAAAAGCCAUUUGGCGCAUUUGUGACAUUUGGUUGUCCAGGUCCUUGACUUCAUUCACAAAAUAACACUUGUUUAUUUGGGCCUCUGACAGAGACUCAUGAGUCAUGCAAGACACUGGUGAUUUUUAUCAAAUGGGUUGUGCUACACUACAUGAUCUCCUGAAACUGAUAAUUGUCCUAUAACAAACAUUAGAUAUGAAAUAAUUAUCUGAUUAAUAUCCUAUUAUUAUUGCCAGGGCAAAUGACAUUGAUUAAUCAUGUUAAUUAGAAUUCAGGUGGUGCCUACUGUUUCUGAAUCUUAAGUACCCGUAAUACUAUUCUUACACAUUUGCUUACAAUUAGUGAGGAAAAAAUGGAUCACUUUCCUUUAUACUUAGAAUACCUUUAUACUAAGAUUAAGAAUUCAGCAUGCAGUCAAGUCCAGUAGGAGCUCUCAUUUGUACAACUUAAGUAAUACUAUUCUCACUCAUUUGCUUACAUUAGUGAGGAGAAAAUGGAUCAUUCUCCUUACUUAAGAAUUCAGCAUGCAGUCAAGUCCAGUAGGAGCUCUCAUUUGUACAACUUAAGUAAUACUAUUCUCACUCAUUUGCUUACAUUAGUGAGGAGAAAAUGGAUCAUUCUCCUUACUUAAGAAUUCAGCAUGCAGUCAAGUCCAGUAGGAGCUCUCAUUUGUACAACUUAAGUAAUACUAUUCUCACUCAUUUGCUUACAUUAGUGAGGAGAAAAUGGAUCAUUCUCCUUACUUAAGAAUUCAGCAUGCAGUCAAGUCCAGUAGGAGCUCUCAUUGGCACAACUUGUACAACAAGACACCCCUUGUACAUUUCGGUAAUUUCUACCAAAAAAAGUUUGAGUAUAUAAAACAGUGUUGAGGUGUGAAUUCGGACUUCAUAGGGAGUUUCUACUGCGGUUGCCAUUCCUCUUAAUGUAGUGCAUUGUUAGUGUAAAUUGAUACAUUUAAUCGAGAUCCUAGCCAAAUUGAUGUAUAUGUAUAUAUUUUGAUAAGUAGUAAAACUUGCCAUAAAGAGUAUGACUAUUUUCUAAGAUAUUUUCCGGUUGUGAUUUUUAAUGUGACAUUUAAUAUGUGUGGCCUGAUGUACAGAGCUAGGUUUGGGUCAAAGCAUGAUUGGAACCAAGUUAUUGAAUCUGAGGUGUUUUUCUUAACACUGUAGCAAGAUAAUCAAAGUUUACUUAACGUGCAUGGCUUUGAAAGUAUGGUGUCAACUUCUUUAUAGGGGUCAUCUGAGACAGCUUAGCAUACUAGUAUACUAGCAUACUAGCUUACUAGCAUACUAGCAUUCUAUUUUGGCUAUAUAUCAACAAACAUACAUGUAAUUUGAAAUGACCCCAAUUAUUCAAAAGAAUAUAAAUGUAUUUGCAGCCGUCUACUAACAAGAAGAGAGCAUUCUAUUUAUUCUUGCUAAUGCUAAGUUAUUGUACAGGUAUACUGAGUGUCAAAAUGUAGAUAGUUUCAUAUUCAGGUUUGAUCAUGUUCAAAAGUUUUGUCGAAUUAGAAGAAAAAAGUGGAGAAAGUUGUGGAUUUAAAGGGCUAGCUGCUCUGUAUCAUUUAAACUGUUAACCAUGGGUGAUGUCAGUUUCUGUUAGUUAGAGUGUAUCUUCUAAAUCUAGCAUAUUGAAACAAACUUACCAUAAAGGAUUCUUCCCCAGUUUGGUGUUUGACCUACCUGCCUUCAGUGUUAUAGAGGCCAAACGUACACGUAUCCACUUGGUGGCGCUGUGGUUGACCUGUUUGCCUUCUAUGUCAUAGUGGCCAAUCAAAUCUGCUUGGAGGCACAGUGGUUGACCUGUUUGCCUUCUUUGUCAUAUUGGCCGAUCGAGUCUGCUUGGAGGCACAGCGGUUGACCUGCUUGCCUUCUAUGUCAUAGUGGCCGAUCGAAUCUGCUUGGAGGCACAGUGGUUGACCUGCUUGCCUUCUAUGUCAUAGUGGCCGAUCGAAUCUGCUUGGAGGCACAGUGGUUGACCUGCUUGCCUUCUAUGUCAUAGUGGCCGAUCGAAUCUGCUUGGAGGCACAGUGGUUGACCUGUUUGCCUUCAAUGUCAUAGAGAUCAAUCAAAUCUGCUAGGAGGAGGCACAGUGCUUGACCUGCUUGUUUUCAAUGUCUGGAGGACAACCAAUACCAACAUAAAAGUAACAGUUUCUCUUCUAAAACACUGUAAACUAAACAAUGAAAUGUGAUUUUGACUGCUUUUUCACUUCUUCCAUAUUUUUCACCAACUCAAGUGGUGAUAGUUGCCCAACCGAACCCACAGGUGUCAAAUCAAGGCAACUCAGGGGCACGGUGUACUAUACACUGUUGACUGUAGUUCGUUGUAAUUAAUGUGUUUUAGAAUAUAUCAAUCCCAGUCACGACAAGGAUACAAUGAAUCUGUUGCUGGCCUUGUACAUGACAGCUUAUAUAUUUUUGUGUAUACGUAAAUAUAUUUUUCUAUUUUGAGGAACAACUGACUCCUUAUCAACUCUCAGAUCAAAAUUUGACACAAACUGGGGACCAGACUAUUGAUUGCGAUCCAGCUGUGUCAAGUUAUGAAAAGGUCUUGCAAUUCAGUUUGCUCACAUGAUGUAAGCAAGAUAUCGGGCACUUAUGUGUAAAAGUGAUAGUCAUGUUCGUGGUAUAUGUUGUGUUGAGCUAAUAAAAUUGAGGUCAUCAUGCUCUUGUCUCGAUUGGAGCACGCUUGAAUAAAACCAGAUACGACAUUGAUGUCCCUUAAAAAGUCGCGCUCUCUAGUGUUUCCUCAAGAAAUAAAUUUCAGGGGGACAACAGUGGCAAGAACUUGUCAAUUGGGUAAAUUUCCUUGUCAAAAUUACUACAUGUAAGUUGGCAUUUACACGUGUCCCAAGACCCCCUCUAGAGAAAACACUGAUCGGUCCAUCAGAUGUUAAAUUGGUUAUGGUGGGACCUCAGCGCCCUGAUAACUAAUUGGUCUCGGUGGGGUCUGAGCUGCUUCCACCUGAUACCACUUACCGGGUAAGUGCUCAUCAUGUGCAUGCACUGAAUUCAAACUCCAAUUGCCUAACUACAUGUAUUUGUUUGAGGAUGAACAAGUACAUUGAGAGUCCAUACAUUUUUUAUACACACCAGUAAUGUCGUAGACUCUCUUUGAUUUUUGGAAACAAUGGAAUGCAAUAAAUAUUACCGGUGUUCCAUUCAGUGAUGAUUCCAUUCCUCAUACAAGUGUGAAUAGUCUUAAUGUACUGUGCGAUAGGAGAGACCCCUAUUGGCAUCUUUGUGUAACUAAAUCUGACCUUCCUAGUGUAUGCCUAGAGUCUCCCUUUGAGACAAGACCACCAUUGAUUUUUUAAGCCUUUUAGCAGUUAAAUUGUCAAUGUUUGACCGCGACGCAUCAACUACUGCGUGGGGUUGUGAAUCUGAAAUUUUGGUAUGAUAUUCCGGACAGUCGGGCAAGUAAAUGGUGAAAAAUAAACUGGUAGUUGACCACGGAAAUUUUUUGAUAAUCUACAAACUAGACAGACAUUGAUAUUUCCACUCUUUUCAGCCAACUGGCAGAAAAAUCUCAAAACACGCCCCCUAUUACCAAAUUAGCAAAAUUCGAAAUUAAUUUUUUCAUCAAAUAAUUUCUUUAUAUCUGUAGACUUGCCACAACAAAUAUUUUUUCAAUACCUCUCCAAAUAGGUACUUGAGAGUUAAAAACAUGCACUCGUCUAAUUGAUAGGCCUGGACCCUAUGAAUAUUCAUUAGUGGUCUUGUCUCCUUUAAGGAUUGCCCACAGGCACCACCAUUUUGGCUAGAACUUAAAAUCCAAAAGCAAUUAGAACUCCUUCAAAAUGAAGUGAAUGCCCAUUUAAAACUUGGGAGGCUGUCUUCCGUGAACCAAAGAAGAGACCCCCACCCUUGAAAUCAACAUUCAAUUCGUUUUGAAAGAGUUUCUAAUUUCUUCAGGAUUUCCAUUGUGAGCCUGCAACCGAGUUGGCUCCUGGCAGUAUGUUAAAUGGCCUGUGCUUAUAUUAUUACAACAUGACAUUGACUGACUGAUUCCAAAUGAGAUAGACUUAUUCAUGGUGGUUUUAUCAAUUGGUUGUUUAUGCUACACGCAUGUAUGUUAUGAAAAUGAAAUUCCUGGUGACUUUCUUGAAUAGAAUUGAUUGAUAUCCAAUAAAAGUUGGUCCAAAUGUAA